GGUUUGACUCAAAAGUGGGGUCCCACCGUUGGGAAGAUACCAUAGCACUUAUUUUUUUUUUAAACAAUCAGAUCUUUUCCCCCGUUUUAAACAAAUGUCUUCUUCUUCCAAUUCCUCCCUGGAUGGCAGCUUUCCUCCUUCUCCAACGGGGGACCAGGGUGCAAAGCGACUGUCCUGGGGCAGGCUGCUGCAGAGGCUCAAUGAGCUGAAGGGGAUCAACCAGAGGAUCACAGAUGACCAACGGUGGAGCAGAAGGGAAACUGGGUCGGUGGCGGACGUGUCCUGGUCAGAAUCAGACAGCAGUUUAUUCUGUUACCCUCUGGAGGAAGCCCUGGCUGCCGACGUCGUGGCAACAAUAUCGCAGAGUCUCGCCGACGCCUGCCACGUCCUGGGCUGCUCCAAACUCAUCUUACCCAACUUACUGCUGCACAACAUCAGCCAGCAGCUGCUCCACCUGGCUGUCAGCGAACCCUGCGGCCUCAGGGGAGCAGUCAUCGACCUGUGUGUGGACGGCGGGGGCCAGGGCCCCCUGUGCGCCGUGGACCAAAUAGCAGUGGAUGCCAGCCUGGUCUCCACCUUCCACGUGACCCUGGUGCUGAGGCUCGAGUCCGGUGGACUGUGGCCAAAGGUGCAGAGGCUCUUCAAGGGUCGCAAGUCACCAGAGACAUCUGCAAGGCACCAGGGCACGCGGAGGAUGAGUGAGAACUUCAGGGCCAUCAAGAGGAAACUGUAUUGCUCGGGGGCGCUGCUGAUUGAGGAGUGUUGCUGACCAAGCGCCUCUGUGCACGACUAGCCGGGCUGAAUUCACAUGUUGGACUGUAGAAGGAGGCUGGUGGGUUUUAAGUUUUUAAAUACAGUAUCUUAUGGGUUUCAUAUAUGUCAAAUACCACAUUGUAACCACCAGGUGUACCGAGCUUUUCCUGGAAACCACUUAUGACUCACGGCAGCUGCUCACCUGGAUGCAUGUGACGUGAAACAGCUUCGAUUCAUGUUUGAUCAUGUGUUCGUUUCUUUCCUAUGAUUGUAACCACAACCUCAAAGGAACAACUUACGUAUUUGAUAGUCAAAUGUGACCUAAAACAUGCGUUUUGUACUUGAACAUAUUCAAAUAAAUAUUUUGUU